AUGUUGGGGAUUAUAAAGUUAUUCGGGCAACGGUUUGAAGGGGAUCCGGGCGGGGUAGAAGGCGUGGCCAUUCGAGAACUGGUUCUAGUCAUUUGUGAGGUGGACGACCGGUGGCUCGAUGCGGCCGCUGUUGGGAUGUCGAUUGUAGUAAGUGAUUCUAUGGGUAUAGAGCCCGAGCCCAACGUGCCUCCUGUUAACGGGCUUGUGAGUAUGAUGUCGGGCCAAAUCGAGGUGGACUUUGCGAGAUGCUAUUGUUGCGGGCUUACUGAGGAGUGCACCCUAACAUACACAGAAACAAUCCGAGAAAGUAUCUCUCGUAUGUUUAAAACUCCUCUUCACUAUCAAGACGAAAAAAGCCGUUACUCCGAAAAUCUCUCCAAACUCACUCCUGUCAAGCCCGUAAUCUGA